AUGAAGAUUGAUUCUGAUGCCGCCCUCGGUUACGCAAACGCUGCGCUCACUGCUGCUAAAGGUGGCGUGAACUUGGAUAUCAAGGAUAGCAACGCCAUAUUCCAAUACAUUUUCUCCAUCUUUUCCAUCGGCGCUGGCCUUGUUCCUGUCGUUGGACCUCUGUUUGGAACAAUUGUCGGGCUUAUCGGCCAAGUUGCAUUUCCCAAGACAACCGAUCCCAAUGCCGUCUGGAACAGCCUCCGCGAGAACGUUGAGAAUCUGAUUGGUGCAAAGAUCCAAAUCAAUCAGAUUCAUAUCUUUAAAAACAAGAUUGAUGGCUUUGCCUCAAACAUGCAGGCCUUCACCCGUGUCUGGAACGACCAUGAGAAGGCCACCGGAGACUCCAAAGCAAAGCAGGCCGAAACUCUACGCACGCAUCACAUUGCCUUUCUAGCCGUGCUGCGGGCUGGGAUCCCAGAAUUCCAGAAUGAGGACGCUUCCGUGCCCUCUCUUCCGUUGUUCGCCCAGGCUGCCAACAUCCAUCUCACGCUGCUCGCCGAUGGCAUCAGGCACGGGGCAGAGUGGGGAUUCACCCCGGACUAUGUCAACAACAGUCUGCAGCGCGAGUUCGGCGAGCUGACUGGAUCUGUCAAGGAGAGCCGAGCUCUGGACGCAAAGUAUCGUCGAGAGGAUAAAUCGAACCUGGAACUACUUCAAGACGCCAUCAAUGACGAUUUUGGACAGUGA